ACGUCUGCGAGCGACGUCAAAUGACGCGAAAGGGAGGAAGAAGAUGAAGAAGAAGAAGAAGAUGACCGGGUGUAAACAUGGCGUCUGCCUUGGACGAUGAUGAGAUCCACAAUGAUGAUUAUUAUUCCCUGCUGAACGUCAGGAGAGAGGCAACGCAAGAUGAGCUGAAGGCGGCGUACAGGCGAUUAUGCAUGCUGUAUCAUCCAGACAAACAUCGGGACCCUGAACUAAAGCGCCAAGCAGAACAGCUUUUUAAUUUCGUACACGAAGCUUAUGAAGUACUUAGUGACCCCCAGGCACGAGCUAUCUAUGAUAUCUAUGGCAAGCGAGGACUUGACGUUGAAGGAUGGGAGGUGGUGGAAAGAAAAAGAACCCCCGCGGAGAUCCGGGAAGAGUAUGAGCGUCUCCAGAAAGAGCGAGAGGAGAGAAGACUUCAGCAAAGGACCAACCCAAAAGGGACGAUUAGCGUGGGAAUUGAUGCCACAGACCUCUUUGACCGGUAUGAAGAGGACUACGAGGACGUGGUCGGAGGCGGAGUCCCACAUGUGGAAAUCAACAAGAUGCACAUAUCACAAUCCAUAGAAGCUCCUCUGACCACGAAAGACACAGCCGUUCUAUCCGGCUCCUUGUCGACCCACAAUGGAAACGGAGGUGGCACCAUUAACUUGGCCUUGAGAAGAGUCACCUCGGCUAAGGGGUGGGGAGAGGUAGAGCUCGGUGCCGGAGACACCCAUGGACCUCUCUUUGGAAUGAAAAUAUUCCGAAACCUGACACCUCGAUGUUUCAUAACUGCUCAGUGUGGGCUCCAGUUUUCAUCCAGAGGCGUACGUCCUGGGGUUACCACAGUGCUGGCACGUCACCUAGACAAGAACACUAUGGGCUAUCUGCAGUGGCGCUGGGGGAUCCAGUCCUCUAUGAACACCAGCAUAGUCAGGGACACCAAGAGCAGCCACUUCACCUUCGCAAUGCAGCUUGGCAUUCCUCACACUUUUGUGAUGAUGAGCUACCAGUACAAGUUCCAAGACGACGACCAGACAAAGAUAAAGGGUUCAGUAAAAUCAGGUUUCUUUGGGACUGUGGUGGAGUACGGCGCUGAGAGGAAGAUCAGUCGACACAGCGUGCUGGGGGCCACCGUCAGCGUUGGAGUUCCCCAAGGUGUCUCCCUCAAGAUCAAACUAAACAGAGCGAGCCAGACGUAUUUCUUCCCUAUUCACCUGACCGACCAACUCCUGCCCAGCGCUGUAUUUUACGCCACAGUUGGACCACUGGUUUUCUACCUCGCCAUCCAGCAGCUUGUUAUUCGGCCCUACGUGCGGGCUCAGAAGGAAGAAGACUUGGAGAAGCAGCGGGAGAGUUCGGCCUCUAAUAUAGCCAAGAAGAAACAGGAGGCGGAGGCCGCUGUCUUGCUCAUGCAGGAGUCUGUGCGCAGGAUUAUUGAAGCCGAGGAGUCUAGAAUGGGUCUCAUCAUCCUCAACGCCUGGUACGGAAAGUUUGUGACCGACAACAGUAGAAAACACGAGAGGGCGAAGGUCAUCGACGUGACCGUGCCACUGCAGUGUCUGGUGAAAGACUCUAAGCUCAUCCUCACUGAGGCCAUAAAGUCAGGACUCCCUGGCUUCUACGACCCCUGUGUGGGGGAGGAGAAGAGCCUGAAGGUGCUGUAUCAGUUCCGCGGAGUCAUGCAUCAAGUCCUGUCAGGGGACACAGAACCACUCAGGAUACCAAAGCAAUCUCACAGGAUUGAUGCAGACACAUAGGAGCUCCUCCGCUGACCAAAAAAAGACUCAUCUCUCAGCCGUUUGACAGAAGAUGGAUAAAUCCCGUUUUAGAUGCGACAUGGAUUUGAAGUCCUUGUUACUCAGAAAUUGUGCAUUUAACUUUUUUUGUCUUUAUAUUCAUUUAAAUAUGCAGAGCGGAGUAAAGGCAUCACAGACUGGAUUGAUGAGAAUUCAGUAUCCACGGACGGGGGGGGGGGGGGGGGGGGGGGGGGGGGGGUUGUGGCCUGCUUGAAAUUCAAAUGUGACACAGAAAUCAAUGGCUACCAUCUUUACUUCCCAGGUCUUCUAGCCUUCUUGGUAUCCAUUUUUGGUAUGGCUUGUAAUUUAUGAUCGAGUCCUAUGUACUGUAUUGUACACAAACUGCAGUGCCUAUGAUUGAAGACAUGAAUGCACCUCUGUGUUUUUUGCCAUAUAAUUAAAAAUCGGUCUCUCUCAUGACGCUUAA